AUGUCGAACAACUCAUCCCAGAUUAGAAGUAAUCUGCAAUCAGAUGAUAAUCCAGAUGCAAUGGCAGCUAUCAUGAAAAACUUCUUGUUGCCGAAUGCAGCAAAUGCUGACGAUUUGAAUGAUUUGAUUGAAGAAGAAAGCACACCACUCGAGACACCACUAGAAGCUUCUAACAAGAUGUUAAAUGAUGCAGGGUAUAAUGUAGGCGAUAGACGAGAGGGUGCCGAAAGGUGCAGACUUAAGUUUGCAAAUUUACAGAAACAAUAUUUACAGCAUAUUAGACACAUGAAUACAACUGGUGAAAAAAAAAAGAACGAACCAUCUUUCUUUAGCCAAAUGCAUGGCAUAUUGGGUCAAAAGGAUAAAGUCAACCCACAGAAUCUACAAGUUAGCUUGGAUGAGUCAGACGUUUCAAUGAAUGAAAUGAAAAUAGUAAUGAAGAAAAAGAAGUACAUGAAAAAAAUACUGGAAAAUCUGAAGAAGGAACACCCAAAAUUUGACCCUUCUACCCUGAUAAAAAAUAGAGCAAUGGAAUUCUGCAGCCUAAGGGUGCCAAAUGCUGUUCUUGUUGAUGUAAUGAAACAGCAACACAAGGAACUACAAAGUAGUGGAGAGAAUGAAUUUAUAGAGUUAAAAAAAAUGAUGGAGACGCAAAAUGAGCAGAUUGAAAGAUUCUUGAAUCAAUUUGAACGGCUUGUUACAUGAGGUUUCCAAGAAAAAAAUAGAAAGGUCUGAUAGUUCCGAUUCCGAUUAAUAUUUCACUAAAAUCCUUUUGUUUGAAAAACAAGUGAUACAUAUUUUGUUUUUGUAGUAGUAGAGUGUAUGUUUUUUUUAUUAUUAUCAUUAUUCUAGUCUAAUUAGAAGUUCCUGUUUUUUUUUUUUUUCAAUACUUGAAUUGAAGUUCAUGUUUGUUAGUACAAUCUUUUUUGUCAAGAGUUGGCGGUGGAAACUGUUAACGAAUAAUGCUUUAUUCAUUGGCUACCAUCAGUAACUUCUAAUUUCUCCACAGCCAACUGUAAAAACAAAAAAAUUUGUAACAAAGUUUAUUCUGUUGAGAGUUUUUU